AUGGAUAAAUGGUCUCCAUUUUUCAAUCCUAAUUCCGUCAGAGGAAUUACUGCACCGGUUUGGGUUCGGUUUCCUUGCUUACCAUUGUAUUGUUGGGACAAGGAAAACUUCAUUAAGAUUGCAUCGAGAAUUGGAGCUCCUAUUCUGUUGGAUGGUAAUUCAUUUAAAUGGGGGAAGCGGGAAUUUUCCCGGGUAUGUAUCAGACUGAAUUUGGAAAAUAGUCUCCUAAAUGGUGUGUGGGUUGAUGGGAUUGCUAGUCAUUUCUUCCAAGGAAUUGAAUACGAGAAGAUUGAUUUAAUAUUCUACCAGUGUGGGAAGGUGGGGCAUGAGAGCAAGCUAUGCCCUGAAAGUGUGAAGAAAGUCUCGGUGGAGCAACCGGUUAAGAAAGCUGAUGCUAAGAAGAAUGUGGAUGGGAAGGUUGACAGGGAAGGUGCUGAGGAAACUAAUGAGAACUAUGGGCCGUGGAUACACGUUAAGUUUAAAAUAGGAGGUUUUGGAAUGGUAAGGGGAGCCAGGAAAAAAGAGGCUUCUUUGUAUCUCAAUGAGAUAGUUAGAGAUCAUGGUGUUUGUUUUGUUGGAUUGAUGGAGACCAAGUUAUCUAGUAUUGAUAGAAUUGAAGUUGAUUUUCUUAUUGGGAAGGAUUGGGAUUACUUUCAUUUCCCAGCUAUGGGCACUGCGGGUGGCAUUUUAGUGUUGUGGAAUACGAAGAUUGUUUCUUUUGCUGUUGAAAGAAGUGCUUCUCAACUGGUGAUUCGAUCUCUUCAAACACCUUCUUUGGGUGUGUGGAAGGUGGCAACUAUAUAUGGCAGUAGAUGCAAUAAUGAGAGAAGGAGCCUUUGGAGCAUGCUUGAGACUAGUUUGAAGGAUUCGGGUCCUUCUAAAGUUGUAGAGGACAUUGAGAGCAUUAUUUUUCUGUAA